AUGGCUUCACUUUUGAGGGGUGCAACGAAAGGUGUCGUAGACACAGCCGAGAAAACGACGUCUGUGGUUGACAACAAUCUCAAAGACAUCUCCGAUAGCCUAGGCGGAAACACGGCCAAGGAUACGACCUCUUCCAACCCGGACAAGGCUGCCGCAGCUGCUAAAGUCCUCAAGGGCGGCGCAGCCCCGGUCCUCCACGUCUAUUCAUAUGACGGACAAACCAAGGUCAUUAAGGAGAAAGUCUGCAUUGCCUUCUCCAAUGUUGACGAGGAAAACAUGGACCUUUCCGACAUCCGGGAGUUGCUUAUUGGCGAGAAAUCAUUGGAGCCGAGGCUACUGACGAGCAGCUUCACAAACCAAUGUGGAGCCAAGGUCGCAGAUACGACCAGCUUCAAGACAUAUCUGCAGAUCCUGAAUGAGAAGGCCACUGAGCUCGGGGACAAAGCUCAAGACAAAGCCGGCACUUAUCGCGUGUAUCUCAGGUCAAAAAAGAUCCUCGAGACAAAUCCUUACUAUGGCCUUCUUGAAAGAGGUGAAAGGGUUGCUGUAGACAAGAAGAUCCUGGAUCUCCCUGUCGCUCAACAACCAAAACAGGUCGACGGAACCACGAGCUUCAGUCACAAUAUUUUUCUCAAUCCAACAACAACUUUCUCGAUCAUCCAUCCUGCCGACAUGUCUGAAAAGCAUUGGUCGGUCGUGAUGAGAAAUAACUCUCUGCUCCAUUCUUACAGAGUUGUUGAUCACAAUGGCGAGAAAUUUGUCGAGCGUUCAUUGUACCCCAGCUUUGUCUUGAAACCGCGCAACUUCUGGAACUACCAGAUCAGCGCGACGGCUGAGGUGGACUCGAUUUCUGACCAAAGGCAAUCGCUCCGAAUUCCACGUUUCCAGAUCGAAGACGACAGCUAUAUCAGACAGUAUGAAACGAAGCAAUCGGUUUCUCGUGCCAUUGCUCAAGCAUGCCUGUCCGAGACUGACGCGAAGCUGGCUAUCGAGGGCGGUGCAUUCGGAUAUAGCGCCAGUGCAUCUGGAAGCUGGAGUGAAAGCCAUUCGUCAGCCUCAGGCUCUAGUACCAGUCAAGACAGUCGCGUGAUGACAAUCACUUACAAUUUCCCUCGCGUUAUCAUCGACUUCGACCCUUCGAGUCUUGAUUUGAGCGAGGAAUGCAAGGCCGACCUGGAAGGUGUCAAUACCGCCGAAGCCGUGGAAGCUUUCAAGAACAAAUACGGUCGGUUCUUCGCCACCAGGAUUGAGCUGGGUGGUCGCUUGCAUAGUUCCGAGGAGAUCCAAUCCACCGAUGCAGCUGCCAGUGCCCAACAGGCCAAGUCGAUGAGGGCAGCUGCGGCCCUUUCCUUCUCGGCGCCGUGGGCCCAGGCAUCGGCCAGUGCGAGCCAUAACAAUUCGUCUAGUUCCAGCUCCGAAAGCAAGGAGAGCGUCUCACACAGCGCGAUUAGCUGGGAAGCCCAGGGCGGGGAUACUCUCCAGUGUAACAAUCCUCCUGCCUGGGCUUACACCGUCGGCUCGUUCUACAACUGGCGGGCGAUCAAAAAGUCAAAGGUCCUCGCGCUCGAAGAGAUCAUAUCCAUGGUGCCCGGGUAUCAAGAUACCAAGGUCAAGUUUGCAACCCUCCUGGCCGCGGCGGCGAAGCCAGAGCAGGAGAAGCCCGACGUGGCGACCGCCGGAAGGGUAAUCAAGUUUCGACUGAGUACGGCAAUGGAUGACGUGGUAGUCCCACCCACUGGAGAGGACAUUAACAUCGGCGACAUCCUUCAGACACUGAUGAAAGAGGACAGCGUCCUUACCUCAGAGCGAGUGAGCUUUUUGAUGCAGCUAGGGAUCAAUAGGGAGAAUAGUGUACCAUUGCAGUGUGUCAAGAGCGAAUCAGGCCCAACCGCAUUUAGCAUCACCACCUCGGCUGAGCUGCCGGAGGCAAAGCUCGUAUACAACCAGUUGUAUAAGAUCCAAACCACCGAUGCAGCCGAGGGACAAUGGCUUGGUGUCAACCCCGUCAAGUCCGGUUUCCUGACCAAAACUCUGAUCUGGGCAGGCGACGAAGAAGAUGCAACAUUUUUCGCCUUCUUGCCAAUAAACGACGGCUCGAAAAACAACUACAUCGCCGGAGAUAGAAUGGUUAUGAUAGCUCUCUAUGACAAAAACCUCGACCGGAUUGGAUUGGCGUCGUCUAUGUCGUCCAACAUCGGCAAUGACGUGGAACGCGUGCGCGAAGGAAUUUAUUUCAAUGUUGAUUACAUUGAGUCUUAG